GCUUUCCGCGCGCCCUUUACCGUAAGUAUACCGCCAUCAAUUUUGGCCCCAUUGUCCAACGCGACCGCCCUUCACCAUCCAAUGAAAGGUGCGUAGCCUUCUACAUGGGGGGCUCUUAAGGAGGCUGCAACGCAUGAUGUCCGGAGACCCGACCAUGGGACUUGACAGGCACGCGGCAGGCCUUGCUUAAGAGGCCCCCUACCCAAUUGUCUUGGCCUGGAGCUUCAUCACAUUUACCAGGUCGCCACACGCGUUCCGGGCGUGAAUUUUCGGAAUUCGACAUGGUUGCCAGCCCGACUUCCCUAUCCCCCAGCUUCCAUUUCGACAUCUCCGAGCUGCUGCAGCAGAGAGUGGUGGACGCGCAGGCAGCAGCACCAGACGAAGACGCUGCUAACCUUUACCUGCGGCCCGAGUCGCCUCUCAGCGACUCACCUGACCCCCCCUCCCUCUGCCAGCAUCGGCGUCACCGCCCCCAGUCGCCGCGCAAAGCGAUGCGCAAAUCGACGCCGUGAUCAAUGGCAAUCCCCCCGCGGCGCCUGUAAGCGAUUCCGCAAACAGCACAUACGCUCGACCCUCAAUCCCUCGCAUGGAGAAGCGGAAGCAAGGGUCCAAGCGACGGAAAAGGCAGGGCCGAGAGCAGGAGGCAGGAGAGAUGGCUGGCAAAGGUGUGUAUGUCAAGCGCAGCGAAGACGCUGUCAGGCGCGACAUUCAGGUUGAUCUCAAUGCUGCUGCGCUUCCACGCUCCGGCCCUAGCUGGAUUGGGCGAAGCGAGCACCUGCAGCCGCCGCUACCAAGCAAGCCGGCUGCGGUAACGCAGCCCACGGGUUUGUCGGGCAUGGCUGAGAACGAGGCUGCGCCUACUCAGGCAGAGAUUGACGGCCUCGUUGGUGAACCGGGCUUCUCAUAUGUCAACUGGGGUGGAAGGGUCAGUAUCCGGAUCUUGGACAGCCACCGACGCGUUAUUGCCCUGCUUGGAGGCAUGCCGAGGGAUGCUAGUGGAUACACCCAAGCAAUGGAGCUUGCUGCCGAAGAUAUUGAGCGGGAAGCAGCCACUUGCGUUUUUACGCAUGGCGACAUACACCAUCGCCGGGCCACAUCAAAAGGAUAUGCAGCUCUUCACACCGGCAUAUCUUUUGGAGGUGGACAGCGUCAACCAGGCAACCUUGCCAACUCACCAAGUAACACCGCUGCUGCUGAGCGCCUUCUCCAAAGCCCACACAUCAAGCGCAUUGCAGGCUUCACGAACUGCCUGUUCCAAACUUUUGCACCCAUGCUCUGGCUCUUCUACUGUAGUGAGAUGCGCUCGCUGCAAGCAUGGGGGCCGUGGUUGGCUUGGAACUUUGUUGGAAGCGUUUUCGCAGCCUGUACAUUUAACCUUGGCCCAUUCACAGCCACUCGGCCACAUCUCGAUUUUGCGAACCUGGCAUGGGGCUGGUGUGCUGUCACAGCCCUUGGGAAGUUUGACUGCAAUAGCGGUGGACACUUGAUCCUGUGGGACCUUCGCCUUCUUAUACGGUUCCCGCCAGGUUCAACAAUCCUUUUGCCCUCUGCUAUUCUCCGUCACUCUAACACACCUAUUGGCCCAGGUGAGAAGCGCUUCUCAGUUGUACAGUACACAGCAGGGGGGCUCUUCCGCUUCCUUCAUAACGGCUGCAAGACUUACAUUGAGGAAACUCCCAUGUUAUCUGCUCAGGAGGCAGAGUUUCGAUGGAAAACUGGCAUAUCGAUGUUUGCAGUAGCUGAGAACUAGGGUUGGGUUGCCGUAGUUGCUCUGUAGCACCAGUAUUGGUUACAUUGGUCGCCCUAAUCAGCUUAAGUUGCGGGUUACAAUAUGAAUGUAAUGAAAACAUUUGAUUGUGCUACAUAAUGCUCUUGGCUCAGCUCAUUCGCCAUUUGGAAAGUUCAAGCUGAAUGCACAUUUUCUGUGCACAUCGCCUCUUACUCCAUAUAAUUCAACGCCCUACCUCGAUUGCUCCGCCUCUGAACAGCUUUCUGGAGAAUCAGUGCGCUGUACUCAAGAGUUGCUGGGGGUGCAAUCCAAUGUCCAUGGGACACGAUGCAACGUUCCAUCUCAAAAAAGUCUGCAAAUACACGCGUGGUCCCUAUUGGCGGUCGUGUCUCUUCACCAGCGACAACUGCUGCACGCCAUGACCGGACAUAAGUCUCGCCCAAUCUGCAUGAAUAAUUCGCUGUGUAUGCGCGAGGCAAGACACCGCCAAGAGUUGCUCAUGCCAGAAGUGCCGUGCAGCCGGAGAGCAACAGCAAUGGGGAGUUGCUUGGGAGUCCAUCGGUGCGCUGGUUUCGUUGAUGGAGCAGGGGAGACAAUGCGACUGGGCGUGUCGGGAUUCCAUGCGACCAGAGGUCUCUCGCAGUUCGAGGGCGUCAAGCCCUUUGGUCAUCUGCUGAUCACGACAAGCUUUAUACCAGAUUGGACUCCGUGAGCUCUCGGUGUUUGCUUCUCUAAAUUUGCACCACUCACCGUGAGCUAGCUACAUCCGCAUCAUGCGACCCAGGGGUGGAAUCUUCCCCUUGACUGUGACCGACGGCAAUCUCGUCAUCCCUUCUACACCUGUAUUGACUUGGGGGAUUACAAUCCAAGGGGCGGCCGUGGCCAGCCACAGUGUCCACGAAUCCAUGCUCGACUUUGCCGCCCGUAAUCAUAUCAAGCCGACGGUCGAAUGCUUUCCGAUGACCAAGGCCGGUGUCGCGGAGGGAAUGGCACGUCUUCGAGAGGGGAAGAUGUGUUACCGCGGAGUCCUGGUUGCUCCGUCCGAGUAAAGAGGGUGGACAUCGUAUGCGAGUGUUCCAUGACCAUAUUGUUUCUCCAGCAUUUAAAACCAUGUAAACCGUCGAACACCAGAGAGACCGAACAAAGGUGACCAGCCGCCGUCUGGCCGCUUCGAACACCACCAACGUGAUGUAUGGAUCUCGCAGAGCAUAGUCUGGGAGUUAUCGACGCCUCAGUUGAGUGUUCAACCGCCCGUAUUGACUGGGGGAAUCACGAUCCAAGGGGCGGCCGUGGCCAGCCACAGUGUCCACGAAUCCAUGCUCGACUUUGCCGCCCGUAAUCAUAUCAAGCCGGCGGUCGAACACUUUCCGAUGAUCAAGGCCAGCGCUGAAGACGGAAUGGCGCGUCUUUGAGAGGAGAAGAUGUGUUACGGCGGAGUCCUGGUUGCCUCGUCCAAGUCGCCAGGUGAUGAACGU